AUGUAUUCUAAGCUCUCUGAGUGCUCCGACGGGGACACUUUACCCAUGCGGGAAAUCCCCAUACUACAUGAGGUGGCUGAAACCAGCUACUGGGCUAGCACUCAAAUAGCGCUAGAAGCGGCUCUAGUCGUCAUUGACCUGCAAGGCUCAAUUAUACACGAACUGCGUGGAAAAUUCUCAACACUAGAUAACAAUUUAGGUCACCUGACAACGUUACUUAAGGAUAACUUCCCAGCAUGUGUUACCGCAGGCCAGGCGAUCGCACUAUCGAAGCAACAGAUAUUCGGCACUGCAGCCAAACUAGAAUAA